GAAAUCGCGGCAUCAGGAAACAACAACUUCAGUUUGAGAGAAGCAGUGACUAUGGAUGAUAGUGCUAUGUCGACCGAUAUAAAACUUGGCGAUCUUGUUUGGGCCAAAAUGAAGGGAUUUUCCGCUUGGCCAUCUCGUGUGGUCAAGCCCGGUCCAAAUGUGAAAAAGACCGCCAAAAAGGGUCAACAAUGGGUAUACUUCUUUGGAACUCACGAUUAUGCUUGGAUUGAAGAUGCUAAUAUUACACCAUUCGAAUGCCCUAAAAAAGAUAAGUUAAUUUCCUACUGCAGUACUGCAAAAUUUAAAAGGGCUGUUGCUGAGAUUGAGGAAUUCAAGCAAAAGCAGAAGGAGGAUCCUACCUAUGGUCACAUUGAUGAGAACUCUGUUGUGGAUUUUGAUACAGAAUCUGAUGAAAAAUUUAAUCAACUUGCUGCUUCUACCUCAAGUCCCCCUAAAAAACCUAAGAAGACUGCAGUUAAAAGGGCUGCAUCGGAGGGGCGAAGAAGUUCACUUAACAAGCGGGCCAAACAAACAGAAUCGCCUAGAGAAGAAAAUGGCAUUUCCACAUCUUUUGUUGGAACUGAGCUACUAAACCUUCCCACAGUAAUGAGCACACCUGAAUCUCCAACAGUAGACCUUUCAAAUUUAUCGGAGCUUCUGAAGAACAAAAAUAUUACACCGUCAUCACUACGAUUUGGGUUUUUGGGAGUUGGCAACAUAGGUAGUGGAGUGGUGAAGAACCUUAUCAAUUCCGGUCAUCGGGUCAACUUAUGGAACAGGAAUCCAAGAAAGUGUGACGAAAUUAAAGCUCAGGCUGAUGCAAAAAAAGAGGGACAAGUGGAGACAUACCAAACACCAUGUGACGUUGUCCAAAAUUCGGAUAUAAUUUUCAGUUGUCUUUCAGAUCCCAGAAUCGCUAAAGAGAUUGUACAUGGUAAUUGUGGAGUUGUUCACUCCGCGGCAGAUGGCGAUGGCUUGGAAAAUAAGGGGUAUGUCGAGAUGACUGGAGUCGACCCAGAAACUUCCAAAGAUAUUUGUGAAAUAAUUAAAAACAAAGGUGGUAGAUAUUUAGAAGCUCAAGUUCAAGGUAGCAAAACGGAAGCCGAAGAGGGAAGCUUGGUAAUUUUAACGGCGGGCGAUGAAUCACUGUUCGUAGAAUGUCAGUCAUGUUUUAAAGCAAUGGGAAAAGCAUCGUUCUUCUUGGGCGAGGUUGGAUAUGCUACGCGAGUAAAUCUGAUAUUGCAUCAAAUGAAAGGAAUUGCUCUGGUGGGUCUUGCAGAGUCGCUAGCUUUAGCAGAUCGAUGUGGGAUUUCGUCGAAGGAUUUAUUAAAAAUAUUUAAUUUAACCAACCUUGCAUGUCCCUAUUUGUCAUCAAAAGCGAAUCAAAUUGUAAAUAAAGAUUUCAUUAGAGUGGAACAAGCAAUUCAACAUAUGCAAAAGGAUAUGAAGCUAGCGCUAGAUUUAUCAAAUACUUUAAAACAACCACUGCUAAUGACUUCCACAGCUAAUGAAGUUUUUAAACAUGCAAGACGUCUUGGGUAUGAUGACCAUGAUGUCUCUUGUAUUUACAUGAGAACGAGACAUUAAAUAAAUUCUGAACUAAUUGAAUUUAUCAAGAUUGCACAUCGUGCAAUAUAUUGUUUAGUUGAAUGGAUUCAAAUACAAAAGUAUCUUCUUUAGUUUACGUUUAAUUCUGUUUUUAUAAACAAGGUGUAUUAUGUAAGUUUAUUGUGUGACCUUAUUAUUUGUAUCAUUAUGACAGAUUGAUGAAAAACUGUUUUCAUUUAUAUAGAAAAUAUAUACAAUGAACAGGACACAAUAUGUGCCUAUUAUAUAGAUAAUACAAAUAAAUUUUCUAGUAUUUCUAAUACUACAGUCUUUGUUUUUUAUAUUUUAGAUUUUUAAGAACUGUUCUUCUACCUUGUUUUCAUUUUAUAUAAUAAUUUUAAUAAAGUUUAAUUUUAAUUUA